GCCCGGGCGCACAGCCUGGAAGGAGCGUCCGCUGCCGCCGCCGCCGCCUCUCCGCCCUUUCGUCCGCCCGCGCGCUUUCUGCGAGGGGACCCCGCGAUGCCUCCGCAGGGCGAGUCUCUCCCGCCGGUGCCCCCGCGCCGCCCCCGCGAGCAGCGACGCCUGCGGGGCCUCGAGUGCGUUCUGCUGGGCGACGGCGCCGUCGGGAAAACCAGCCUGGCGCUCAGCUACAGCACCAACGGCUUCCCCGCGCGAUACGUCCCCACCGCCCUCGACCGCUUCUCCGGUACGCGAGCGAUGCGCGGGGGUGGGGUGGGAUGGAUGACCUUUGGGGGUGCCCUUCCCGCUCUGCGGGGACAAGGAAGAGCAACGACGACACUGGUUCCCGGGAGGUUUUGUUUUUUUAUCCGCGGAGGUCAUUAUUCAGCUGCCAUUGCAGGGGGUUGGGAUGGAUGACCUUUGGGGGUCCCCUAACCAACCGAGCAGGUCUGUGAUUCUACAUGGGGCGUGGCUAGUGCUCAGUGCGAUGCCUGCUCAACAGCCAGAGGGCAUCGCCAACGUUGCAGGUUUACCUGCUCCCCAAAGUGAGGCCCUGCCCGGAGCCCGGUUUGCAGGGGCUCCUGCAAAGCCUUUUUCACGGGAGACCCCGGCAAGAGCCUCUUCCUGCUUGCCUCGUUCUGCCAGGAAAGAUUUGCAGGCCUGGAGUCGACCGCAUCCAAGUUUUCCUUUCCUAGUUCCUACCUGGCGAAAGACAAACUUUCAUUUCACCAGAGUAGCCUCAGUCUGAGCGAACGCUGCCGGAGGAGAUCUAUGGAUGACGCGGGAAAUGCAAACUAAACAAAUGACGUCAGAAUAAUAAUAUUAAAUAAGUAUAAAAGUGGUUGGGGGUUGGCCUAUAUGAUCGCUGGGGUGCCUCCCAAACUACGACGCAGUGAAUAACAAGAGGUUUUGCAACGGAGAAUGGGUCGGGGAUUAUUGAGUUGUGCUCCCUGCACUGCAGGAGUUGGGCUAGAAUUUUAUUAUUAUUAUAAGUAUUUUAUUAAAAUAACUUCAUUCGUAAAGAGAUGACCGGGGGUGGGGGAUUAAAGAGUGAGUGGGAAUGAAAAAGAAGAAGAAAAUACUGUCACCAUUCAUUAAUAUGCAGGUGUGUAUAUUACAAAUAAUUGCCAGUAAGCUAAUAUAUUCUGCAUAAACUCAUUCCAGAUAGAAUUAUAUUUAUCCAAAGAGAGUCUGCUUUUCUAGCCAUGUAUUAAGGGGAAUUGUCUCUCUCCUUCCCGUUCAUCAAUAUCAGCCUCUGUUCCGGGUUCGAGUGCCGGCGGAGUCACCAAAAAAAGAAAUCAAUAUCAGCCACUAGGAUAGAUGACCCUGGGGGGAGUCUUCAAAGGAGUCUGUCAAGAACCACAGUUCUCCUUCUGCCAGGGAUCCUUGAGCUGCAACCCUUGUGUUCCAUGGGGUUGGGCUGGAUGACCUUUGGAGGUCCCUUCUGCCUCCAGUGCCAGGGAGACUGAGCAGGAAGGCGCUGGGCUCUGACUUCCACCUCUGGGCGAGUGAAAUCCCUGAUGCCGUGUCUUGAUCUGGGGCGGCUGGCAAAAUUAGAAACAGAACUGUUAGAACCCAAAACUAAGAAUUUGUCAAGAAUGUAUAACUUGCUGCUGAAAUGGAAUACUCAGGAUGAAACCGUGAAAUCUGCUAUGAUUAAAUGGGCACAAGAUGUUGGACAUAACAUCAUGUUUGCUGACUGGGAACAGUUAUGGACCACAGGUAUGAAGUUUACGGCAUGUAAUGCCCUAAGAGAGAAUAUUAUGAAAAUGAUAUACAGGUGGUACAUAACCCCAGUCAAGCUUGCAAAAUCUACCAUCUGCCCGAUAACAAAUGUUGGAAAUGUAAAGAAACUGAAGGUACAUUCUUUCACCUUUGGUGAACGUGCCCAAGGAUUAAGGUUUUCUGGGAGAUGAUUUAUAAUGAAUUAAAAAGGUAUUUAAAUAUACCUUCUUGAAGAAACCAGAGGCCUUUCUCCUGGGCAUAGUCGACCAAUCGGUGUUAAAGAAGGACAGAACUUUCUUUAUGUACUGCUAACAGCAGCAAGAAUACUUAUUGCAAAGUAUUGGAAGACACAAGAUUUACCCACACUGGAGGAAUGGCAGAUGAAAAUGAUGGACUAUAUGGAAUUGGCGGAAAUGACUGGCAGAAUCCGAGACCAGGGAGAAGAGUCGGUGGAAGAAGAUUGGAAGAAAUUUAAAGACUACUUACAGAAAUAUUGUAAAAUUAAUGAAUGUUAGAAUGAUGACGGAUUGAAGUUAAGCGGUUUCUAGCAGUAAUGGUUAAAAGAAUUGGAAAAAUUGGUUUUUAAUAGGUAAAAAUUUAAUGUUAUAAUGUUAAGAUUAAAGAUCAGGAUUAAAAAGGAGGGAAAGGAAUUGCUGGACUAACAAACUGAAUUGGAAUACAAAAGAGGGAGGUAUGAGGAGGUCCGGGAAACAAGUAAACGUAAAAGAAGUGAUGAAAAGACGGAAUUGUUUUUAACUGUUUUUCUUUUUCGUUUUUGUAUUUUGUAUUGUGUAUUUUUCUUUUUAUUGUUAAUUUUUUUAUUAAUGUGAUCCUUUUCUUGUGAAAUUUUAAUAAAUAUCAUUAAAAAAAAAGUGAUCUGGGGCGGCUGGAUCUGUCUUCCUUCCCAACUCUGACCCCCCAUUUUUCUGUUUCGCCCCCCAGCUGUGGUGCAGGUUGACGGAGACCCCAUCCGGCUGCAGCUGUGCGACACCGCAGGGCAGGUAAGGAGGCCAGACGGGAUGGGCUAGAGACUGACCUGGACUUGGCACUUUGACCUGGCCCUUCCUAACCGUCCCUUGGGCCUUCUUGAGGUCUAGCAACUUGCUUUCUCGAAUCUAUUCCCGAGGGUUGCAAGCCUGCCGCUGAACCGCUUUCCCCUCCGUAAACGGCACAGCUGGCUUCCCCUCCCCGCAACCUGUAAGGGCAAAGGUGUCCCGGAGGCGAGAGGCACAGGUGGGCUUUGUGGGGCCACAUUUAUUUGGGGCCCUUCUUUGCGCCUCCCAAAUCUCUUUGCGCCUCCCGUAUCUGGCUUGUGGGGAAACUGAGGAGGGUCGGCUCUGGUGUCCGGGGUCCUAAUACAGACACGUAGAUAUUGAUCUAUUCUGGUUGUGAUUGCAAUUUGCCUUUGAAAUAGACAUAUUGCUUAAUUUUUACUUCUACAAAAAAAUAACAAACCUUUGUCAACACAAGAAAUAUAAGACAAACUAGAAGACACCCAAAUGCCCUGGUUAACACAUCACCAAUUACAUGCCUUCGUAAACAACCCAGCAGUAAAAUCAGCAGCAACUAGGCCCCUGACAACCUUCGAAAACCUCCUUCUAACCACAAAGGGACACGGUAAAGGGAUGGUAUCCGCAGUAUACAAAAUACUACUGCAAAAUCCCAUGAACUCCCUAGAUGCAAUCAAAAAACAAUGGGAGGAUGACAUAGGCUAUGAGAUUAACCCCACUCAAUGGACCAAAAUGUGGUCUAACCCCCCCGCCCUUUAAAUCCAUAUCAAUGAAAAGAAAAGAACUCACUCUAAAACUCACCUACAGGUGGUACCUAACACCAAGAAAACUAGCGCUAAUAUGCCCAGGAACCUCACCAAAAUGCUGGAGAGGGUGCACCUCCACAGGCACAUACCUCCACAUGUGGUGGGAGUGUCCCAAAAUCCAACUAUUCUGGACAACAGCCAUAUGAGAAAUAAGUAAAAUAACCAAACAAGUAUUAGAAACCACCCCAGAAUUGGCCCUACUAAACAUCUUCCAAGACGACAAUGCCCACUUACACCACAAAGAACUGAUAACCCACCUACUUUCAGGAGCCAGAAACACCAUAACCAGACACUGGAGAGACCUGUCAGGAGUAAGCAUGGACCAAUGGUACCAAAUAGUAUGGGAAACAGCCCUACUAGAAAAAUUAACCAAUAAACUGAAACUGACAUGGGGACAAAUAGAAGAAGACGCCUUUAUCACAUACACAGCCCAACAAGACAAUGACAAAAAUCCACCAACGGCAUACAAAUCAAUAUGGCUAAGUUAAAGGGACCCCUGACCAUUAGGUCCAGUCGUGGCCGACUCAGCUCGCUUUAUUGGCCGAGGGAGCCGGCGUACAGCAUCCAGGUCAUGUGGCCAGCAUGACUAAGCCGCUUCGGGCGAACUGAUGGGGACUUCGGUGGUGCUGUGGGUUAAACCACAGAGCCUAGGGCUUGCCGAUCAGAAGGUCGGCGGUUCAAAUCCCCGUGACAGGAUGAGCUCCCUUUGCUCGGUCCCUGCUCCUGCCAACCUAGCAGUUUGAAAGCACGUCAAAGUGCAAGCAGAUAAAUAGUUACCGCUCUGGCGGGAAGGUAAACGGUGUUUCCGUGUGCUGCUCUGGUUCGCCAGAAGUGGCUUGGUCAUGCCGGCUCCCUCGGCCAAUAAAGCGAGAUGAGCGCCGCAACCCCAGAGUCGUCCGCGACUGGACCUAACGGUCAGGGGUCCCUUUACCUUUACCUAUGCUGCCCUUCCUCCCUUGAAGAGGGUUGGCCUAGAUGCCCGCCAGGGCACCCCCUCCCAGCCCUGCGGUUGGAAUCAACGAGGGUCAUCGUUUUCUGAUUCAUCGGAGCGCUUUAAACAGAGGUUGCCUGGCCGCCUGCCACGGAUUCUCGAGUGGCGAUUCCUGCCGCGUUGCAGGGGGGUUGGUCUAGAUGACCCCUGGAGGACCCCUCUCAGCUCUGCGGUUCCCUGGUUUGGUGCCUGCAGGGACCCCAGCUUGCAGGGCGCCCCUCUCUCCCUCCUCACGGCCUCCCCUCUUUGCCCCUCACAGGACGAGUUUGACAGCCUGCGGCGCCUCUGCUACCCGAAGGCGGACGUGGUCCUGCUCUGCUUCAGCGUCGUGUCUCCCACCUCGUUCCAGAACAUCUCUGAGAAGUGGCUACCUGAAUUGCGCCGUCACUGCCCCGCCACGCCCGUCCUGCUGGUGGGCACCCAGUCGGACCUGCGCCAGGACGUCAAGGUCCUCAUCGCCCUGUCCCGGCGCCGGGAGAAGCCCGUGUCCCCCUCAGCCGCCCGCACCCUCUCCGCCAAGGCCGGCUUGCUGGGCUAUGUGGAGUGCUCAGCCCUCACCCAGCACAACCUAAAGGAGGUCUUUGACACGGCCAUCACCGCAGGGCUGCGCUGCGCCCGCGGCCCCCCGCCCAAGCCGCAGCGUCGCAGCACCGCCAGCCGCAUCCGGACCCUCUCCAAGGCCUGGUGGAGGAAGCACGUCUGCCUGUCGUAGCGCCGGGUGCGAUUCCCGCAUGGCCUGACCCCUUCCAAUGGGUUUGCCUGCAGACUGGAUCAACUGAGGGGUGUAGGCUUUUGAGAGGGGCCAGGCUGGGCCAGCCUUCUUCGCAGGGACAUCGGGCAGAAUCUCGGCAGGGCCAAAUAGAUCUCGAAACGGAUCCCAAAGACGUGUCCUCGUCUCCGAGAGGGACGUGGCCGGGCUUUCAUUUAGAGACGCUCUGUUGGCUGGAGAGAGCGGAUGCUUCUGAACGGCUGCGUUUGGCUCCUGGUUGCUGGUCUCCCUUUUGGGCAUGUGGUUGGCAGCUGUGAGAACAGGAGGCUGGACCAUUGACCUGAGCUUCUCAUGUACUUGGGAACCUCCAGCUCCACAGGCAGUCUAUCUGAAUUCUUAAGUUCUGUGGGGGCAUUUGGCCCCUGUGUGGCUGGACUAAAUGGGUCCCCUUUGGGCCUGAUCCAGCAGCUGGGCUCUUCUAAUGUUCUUGUGCUUCCCCCCCACCUUGGGAUUUGGGACCUUCAGCUCCCAGCCCCACUGAGAAGGGCCAUAUAUUUGUAGACCCAAAUAUCUCUGGGGAGAUGGGACCAGGUUGGGGGCAGAUGCUUUGGGGAGGCUGUGGCUGGAAGCUUUGCCUCCCCACCCCCAAAAAUAAAACUUCUGCACCUGGUUUAGCUGAGAGCGAGAUGGAGCAGCCCCUUGCCCAGAGUGGGGGUGUACUUGCAGAAGCGUGAGAUGGGGUGACAUUUUUUAAACCACUUGAAUCCGAAAAUUUUGUAGAGUUGGAAGAGAACCCUCCCCCCCCCCCCGGGCCACCUAGUCCCAAGCCCCUGCAAUGCAGCAAGCACAGCAAACUUUGGUUCUUGGUUUCGGAAGGAGAAUAUUUCGGGUCGGGGGAAAGUUUCUGGAAAGGAAAAAUUGUAGAGUGAUUUUUUUACGCCAUUUGUGCCUUUUCUCCCGAGACGAAACCAGGCCUUGAAUCUGCAGUGUGUGUGUGUACAGUGGACGCUCAGGUUGCAAAUGUGAUCCGUGCGGGAUGCACGUUCGCAACCCGCAGUGUUCGCAAGCCGCGGGUUGCAAUUCGGCGCUUCUGCGCAUGCACAAAGCACGAUUUUGCACUCCUGCGCAUGCGCGGCCGCCAAAACCUGGAAUUAAUCCGUUCCGGUACUUCCGGGUUUCGGCGGUCCGUAACCUGAAAAAAUGCAACCUGAAGCGUCUGUAACCCGAGGUAUGACUGUAUUUGGUCUGACCCAGGCAGCAUGGUCAGACUAGGACCAGGGUUCGAAUCCUCGCUCGGCCACGAAGCUCCCCAGCUGUGACGUUGGGGCUCAGCCACCGCCUCUCUCAGCCUGACCUGCCUCACAGGGUUGUUGUUGCAGGGAUUAAAUGAGGAUCGGGAGAACCAGGUAUCCUUGGAUAGAGGGGGGUGGAGAGGCAAUAAAAGAAUUAAUAAUAAAACCCCAAGCUGCGCCCCCAAUAAAAUGCAGUGAGACAACUUGACGUCUCUUUCUGAGCCCUUGCAAGGAGGCAGGUGGAAAUGUGCCUUUUUUUGAGGGGGGGGAAAUUCCCCCACCUGCCUAGUUUCUCGUUCCCUUUGCCUUGCAAAGAACCUGCAAAACUUUCCCUCCUUCCCCUUCAUUUCUCUUUCCAUGGAAAAAUAAAAUAAAAUCCUGGGAAUUGGGAGCUGCUUUCUCUUUUUUUCCGUUUCCUGUUUCUCCUGCCCCCCCUCCACCUGUGUCCUUCCUGAAAAGCAUUUUUUUUUUUUGCAAGCUUGAAUUCUCCAGCCUCCUGGCUGCAAAGGGGAGGGGGGGGAGUCUGCUUUGUAGUUCUCAGUGCAAUCGCCUCCCCCCCAAAAAAUACCACCCCACCCACGUACAGGAAUUUGGAAAAUUACAAAAGGUGACGGGUUUUCAAUUUUGCUGCAACACAGAGAUGAAAUGCGCGCCGCUGCUUUUCUUUCUCGGGGGGGGGGGGGUCAGAGAACAGCCUCCCCCCUUGCAACAAAAAUCUCUAGGUUGCAUUUGCACAGGAGCAUUUCUGACUUUUUUUUGUGGGGUGGGGGAAAGCUCCCUUUGAAGUAUUGUCUCUUGAUUAAAAAUAAGCUGUUUUCUUUCCUCUCCUGUGUGAAUGGCUGCCUUGGGUCUGCCCCCCCCCAUGGGGGUCAGAGGCGGAAGGGAGGAAAGGGACUUGGGGUUUCACCCCCCCAAAAAAGGGGAGGCGGGAAGAGAAUCACGUGCUCCACCUGAAGCCCCGUUGGAGGAAAAGUUGGGGCAGAAAUGCAAUAAAUGAACAAUGAGUAAAGAUGUAAUUUUGUUUCUCCCUCAUUCAGCAUGUAUUGGGCCAGAGUUGGCUGGGAUCCCAUGGGCCAUCUAGUCUGACCCCCUUCAAUGUCUCUAUGUGAUACAGAGAU